GUGGUCUCGUUCUGUGGGGAAAACCGGAACAAGGUGCAUUGCAAGUUGUUACCGGAUAGUUUUGAAGUACAACCGCUAUUGGUAAUUAGAUUAGGAAGUUGUAGCUAUUUUUGCUCUGAUCCUAAAUUUCCUUUCCCCAUAACAUGUUCAACCAAUUGCAAGAGUGAAAUAAUAUUUUAUUCAUUAUCGCCCUUUUUUCGAAUAACCCAGCUCCAUACUUCAACUUAAAAAUGCCCUCCCCAACGAGAAUUACUUGAAGAAAAACAAUUUUUGUACUGCAAGCAUGAGCAAAUUGUGAACUAAAAUUACAAGGUAGCGUGAUGGACGCACUAAAUUUUUUGAAGAAAUUUACUUGUACAAAUUGUUGUAUCAGUACUGGCGCCCUAAGGCGUUUUCAAUUAAUUAUUCAAAGCAGCGGAUGAUUUGUUUUGUGUUUUAUAGCUUAACUUCUCUUAAAAGAUUGAUUUACGACUAACAUUCAACAACCCCCACCCUUAUAAAGAUUUCUGGUUCUUCUUUUGACCUUCUCGUUUUCUUACUUUUUAUGGAUGUAAGAAUAAGUGUACACUGAAUUAAACUCGUGUUAAGAUCCAUUUAAUUCGUGGACUUCUUAGUUAUUCAAUUUUACGUCAAAAUUCUUCAUCAAUAGAUUUGUACCCACAAAAUUUAUGGAUUAAUUAGAGCGAAGAUAAUAAACCGCAGCAAUCCAAUUGUCUCGCCAUCCACUUCAAAAAAGUUAGCAAUGACAUAAAGCAGUGUGCGCUAAUUUUUCACCCCAGUUCUCUGACAAAUAUUGCCCAGUUAGAAGUAGAUAUAAUUGUAGGCGAAAUAACAGGUCACUUUUGCAUCGAAGAAAUCCUCAGAAAGUUCUGCAUCGGAAAGUUUCUCAGGAUUCGAAGAAAGUCAAAACUUCUCAGAUCUGUUCAAAGUGCAACCCUGAAACACUUUUGAACAACUUCCGGACUCAAUUGACCAAUUUGAUCACUUCAAUUCAACUAGUCCAGAAGUGGCAGCUGUGACAUCUUCGAGCGAUCAAACUGUCGUUGAAGUUGUAGACAUCUUCUGCUAAAUCGGACAUCCAACAACAUGAAUACUGUCGUGUCUCUCAUACUGGGUAUCGUGUGUGGCUGUGCAUCUGUUCUCACUACAGUCGGAAAUGGUCUCGUCAUAUUCGUGAUCUGGUGUACACCUGGGCUGCAGACACCCUCCAACCAGUUCAUCAUCUCCCUCGCUGUGGCUGACUUCAUCAUAGGUCUGGUGGUCAUGCCUCUGGCUUCUGCCUCCGCACUAGUCGGCCACUGGCCCUUUCCCAACUGGCUGUGUACAACUUGGAUUGGGUUCGACUACGUUGCCUCCUCCUGUUCGAUUCUGAAUUUAAUGACCAUGGCUAUCGACAGGUACUUUUCCAUCGUCUCCCCCAUCACUUACCGCAACAAACGCACCCACCGCAAACUGUUCACAGUCAUUGUCAUUGUGUGGUGCUGUUCAAUCAUCUACAUGCUUCCCAUUUUAUGCUGGGACUUAUGGUUCCCCCCGAAAGAAGACGAUGGCCAUACAGAAGACACGAACCGGGUGUCCAUCACUGGGGGAUCCAUCAAUCAGUCACAUCCGGGGGUUGAAAUUGUGACGAACGCGGAGAUGGAAGGGGAGGGGGAGGGAGAGGGGGGAACUUGCAACCCAGAGUUCCACGAAAAUGUUCACUUCAAGAUCAUCAGUCUUAUCUACAGUUUCAUUUUCCCAUUCAUAACCAUGUGCUUAGUCUACAUUCGCAUCUUUGUCGAGAUUCACAGACGCACCAAACGAGACAUAGAGAGAAAGAAGAAAUACUGGUCUGUGACUCCAGUAAGCAACAACAAUAACAGCCUGAAGAUAGAGAUUCCAUUAGAAAAUAAAGCAGAAACUCCUAGCCUUCCACGGAUCCAAGUUGUCGUGCAGCAGUCACCGAGUCUAAGCGAGAGUCGGUUAGCGGAACACAAAAACGAGGAGAGAUCUUCACCCAAAAUGGGCAUGGAAGUGGAACAUUUCGACUUUGUUUCAACCUUGGACUGUUCCCGAAAGCUCGUGGCUACUACUCCUCUGAGUAACCCGCCCACUCCGCCCAUUGCCAUCAACCGGGUGGCUUCGGCAACACCGGCCGAGUCUAACGCGCUGCUGGCCCCGAAAACAUCAAUCGGGCGGCGACUGAGUUGGCGUGGGUCUAAAGACGCUGCCAAACGAGAUCAUCAAAAGAGUAUGGAGCGACAACGUGAGUUCCGUGCGGCCAAGAAGCUGGCGGGCAUUGUGCUGGCAUUCUGUGUGUGUUGGCUGCCUUAUAUGGUUCUGUAUGUGCUGGUGGCGAUGAAAAAGGACUUCUCCGAGGGAUGGAGACACCACCUGUUCACAGCUUCCGUCUGGCUAGGUUACUUCAACUCGACUUUGAACCCUAUUCUCUACCCGUUCUGCAUCGAGGACUUCAAAAAAGCGCUCAAAAACAUCAUCGGAGACCGACUAACCAGAUUAAUUUGGAAGCAGAGUUGAAUCAGAACAAGCUAUCAGCUCAGACUAAAAAAAAACGUUUCGAACCCACUUGACCUUAAUUUUUCCUUAUGCUUGGACAAAAUGCGGCUCACGUGAGCAAUGAGCUUCGCAUUGUUCGAAUCGGCUUUCAGUGUUUAAAACUUCUUUUUACGCUU